GUCAUUUCAACAACAAUCUGGAUCGGAGAAGGUAGAGGGGCCACUGUGGCCCUGUCGAAUCGAGGGCGGUGAUGGUGGUGUUGUACAACCAUCAGGCGAGAGUUGGUUUGUUGCUGAUGCGGCGCUUGCUACCUGACUAUGUCCACUAUGCUGACCGCCACCAGACCAGCAGCAGCAGUGUGCACCGGUGAACCGUGCCAACCCUCGGCCCCCACAUUUGCACAAGAGAUUUUUGCAGCAAGCCCCGACUCAUCGCGUUAUGCCCACCAUCAUCCAUCAUCCACAGCAGGCAGCAGUCACCAUCCAACCACCCCCGGCUGCAAUGCCUGCAAAGUGCCAUGCAUGGCAUCUUCAACAACUCCUUUCCACCCCUCCGCACCAGUUGGCGUGACUGAUUUCGGAAGUUCGGUCUCCACUAGUGAUACAGUGGCUGCGGAGUCUUCCUCCUCCGUCUCAUGCACCCCUAGCAGCAAGCCAGUAGCCAUAACAGCACGUGCAGGUGAUGCAGCACCCAACGACUACCCGUACUGCGUAGGUCAACUGGAAGAUUCCCUUGAUUCAGCCCUUAGCGAAAAUAGUUUCAAUGAGCAUUCCAAUACAAGUAAGAAGAAGAAGAAGAAGAAGCGACGUUUCAAUGCAGAUGCCAGCAAUUUUGUCAAUUCCUUUUAUGAUCUGUAUUACUUGACUGAAGACAUCCUGGGAGAAGGAGCCCUAUCCUCUGUACACACUUGCAUUGAGAAAUCUUCUGGCGAGGAAUUUGCCGUGAAAAUUGUGAAUUGUGUUUCGAUUGAUCAUCGUCGACGUUUGCUGCGAGAAAUUGAAAUACUUCAUCUCUGCCAGCACCAGAACCAUGUUGUUCACCUGAAAGAGUACUUUGAAGCCGAAGAUGCAUUUUUUGUCGUCUUUUUCAAGGCACAAGGAGGCCCAUUGCUGGAGCAUAUCAGACGGCGGCGUUGCUUCAGUGAAGAUGAAGCCAGGGCGGUGACACUGGAGAUAGCCGAGGCACUUGUUUUUCUUCAUCACAAAGGAAUUGCUCAUCGUGAUCUGAAGCCUGCCAACAUCCUAUGUGAACGUAGUGAUCAGGUCACUCCGAUCAGGAUUUGUGAUUUUGAUCUUGGCUCGAAUCUAUCCUCUUCGAAGUCGCCCACGUUCACACCACAGCUCGGAACACCUGUUGGCUCGUGUGAGUUCAUGGCACCUGAAGUGAUAGCAGCCUUUGCCAAUCAAGACCUGACCUACGACAAGAAAUGUGAUACAUGGAGUCUUGGCGUCAUUCUAUACAUCAUGCUGUCUGGGCGCCCUCCGUUUGGCGGAGGUUGUGGUGCGGAGAGCUGUGCGUGGGAAAUGGGUGGUAACUGCGCGGAGUGCCAGGAUAUCUUGAUUGAGGCUAUCAAGAAUGGCGAAGUGCGCUUCCCAGAAGAGGACUGGGAGAAUGUUUCCGAAAGUGCCAAGGACCUGAUCCGAGGCUUGCUAACACAGUGCCCCCGAAAGCGUCUUAGCUCGUCUGAGGUGCUGGAGCAUCCAUGGAUGACACAACAGGUCAGUACCACGCCGUUGAACACUACACAUAACCUGAACAAGCACGGUACGCAGACGCACGCCAUUCCGCGCCUGCUGAUGGCAUACAGCGUGUCCAACUUUGCACCGAGACCGAUUCCAACUCUGUCACCCAUGGACUUCACCAGUGCCGACAACAACGAGUCCAGUGUAGACGCUUUGGGCCGCUUGCCUGGUGCCAGGAAAUGGGGCAUACGAGAUACACAAUCUUCUCCACCUUAUUUCUACUACAGGCACCUGACGGAAGCCGUUCAAACUGCUUUCUCCAAUCCUGAAGACGUGCCGGAGCCUGACAUCUUCGGAGUGCCGCUUGAACUCCAAUAGCAAGCGGAAAUUCGCUACCGAUAAUUGCUGGCGUGUUGAAGAGUGUUUUGUGUGAGUGAGUAUGAUGUGAACUAUGUGCAAUUUCUGAUUCUAGAGUGCGAGCAUGCGUGUGUGUGUGUGCGCACGCAAAUGUCAGUCCCAUGGUGGCCACUUACGGUACAUCUGCCGCAUUUCUUCUCUGGCAGCUUGUCUUCUGCGUCUGCCUGUGUGGCAUCUUCAAGAUGUACCCACAGUAUCACAGUUUCCUCUACUCAUUAUUACACCCGUGUAUCACAUUAUAGAUAGCUAGAGUGGUUUUGGCUAUUGUGAGCCAAUGUUCGUCGAAAGCACCGACCAACUGCUUUGCCAUAUCUUACCCAAACACAUCAUAUGAUCAAUAGUGGAAUUCCCCGGCCUCAGUAUCUUGGCAAUUAUAUUUCAUCCCUCGG